AUGCCCGCAGGAACGCCAUCAGAUCCUGCCAUUAUGCCGGGCAACGAACGACCGCAAAAACGUCCACUUGCCAUAGCACAAUCUCCCCCGGCUCCAUCAGCGGCGCAUCUACCUGACCCUAGUCAAACCUCAUCAUCUGAUACGAAGCCUACUGCGCAGCAGAAAAACUCUCCUACGGAAACAGUGAAAUCUAGCGGAUUAAAGAAUGGGUCACCAAGUCGUGAAAAUCCAACUACUUCAAAUGGAAGCAGAUUUGAAAGAGGUCAUAGCUUAAUAGCAAUUUACAGUAUGAUUGUUGGAUUGUUUGCUGUAAUGGCUGCGAUGAUGCUUUUGUAA